AUGGGAAGCGGAAAGUUCGGUUUUCAAGUUAAAAAGGACAAAGUGAACAUGGUAGCUGCAAAGACUGAAAUUAGUGUUAAGGAAAAAUGUCAAAAAAUACAGAAAAAACUAAAGAAGACUGAAAAUAAGAAGACUGAAGAUAAUACACGAGAAAAACCUAUCUGGUGGAACCAAUGUAACAGUUUGAGUGAAAUCGACCAGUACCUAUGGAUGGUCGGCGGGUCGGCGGGUGCGCUGGCGCUGACCGGCGUGGCGGCUGCUUCGGCUUUCUACCUCAGCACGAGACCGAAGCCCGAGAAGCCUCUCGUCACUCUACACGAACAGAGCCUCCUUGAGUCGGGUCCCGAGAUGGUUCGUGUUUCAAAAUUCUACAAAGAAGCGAAAAACGGCCGUUACCUUCGCUACUUACAUGAAGACACACGUACACUUUACGAAACUUUCCGUCGGGGCGUCAAAGAAUCAAAUAAUGGCAAUUGCCUCGGUUGGCGUGAGGGACCAAAUAAACCAUACGUGUGGCAGACGUACAAUGAGACUCUGCUAAGAGCGAAAAACUUCGGAUCAGGACUUAUAUGUCAAGGACUUGUUCCUGGCCAAAACACAUUUGUGGGUAUUUAUUCACAGAAUUGUCCUGAAUGGGUGAUGACAGAACAGGCUGCCUACUGUUAUUCAAUGGUAAUUGUGCCGCUAUAUGAUACUCUCGGAGCAAAUGCAUGUGCCUUCAUUGUAAAUCAAACCGAAAUGUCCGUAGUUAUUUGUGAAGACGACAAAAAAGCCAAUUUGCUCCUCGACCAGUCGCCGAGAUGUUUAAGGAAACUGAUCACCAUUAAGGAGGUCUCGCCUUCGACGCAUCAAAGAGCGAGGAGCCGAGGCGUUGAAAUUCUUAAGUUCAGCGAUGUUGAAAUACAAGGCGCGCAAAAAGAUCACCCUUGCCUCCCACCAAAACCGGAAAGUCUAUGUACAAUCUGCUACACAUCGGGGACUACGGGAAUGCCUAAAGGCGUGAUGUUGACCCAUGAGAAUGUAGUCGCGUCGAUGUGCAGUGUUAUUAUGCAGCUUGGCGAACAUCGGCCCAUGAAACACGAUGUCAUGAUCUCCUUCCUACCUCUUGCACACAUGCUGGAGCGGUGCUGCGAGAAUGCUCUCUACAUGGUAGGAGGAGCUGUUGGUUUCUACAGUGGUGACAUUCGACGGAUAGGUGAUGAUUUGAUUGCUUUGAAACCAACAAUGAUGCCCGCUGUACCUCGCCUUCUGAACAGGCUCUACGACAAAGCACAGUCUGAAAUAUCUAGUUCCAAGAUCAAGAAAUUACUUUUUAAUAUGGCGCUGUCGGCAAAGGAGUCAGAAUUAAAAAGGGGCAUAGUGCGUAGUGACUCAGUCUGGGACAAACUGGUGUUCCGCAAGGUGCGCGAGGGUAUGGGCGGUCGCCUGCGUAUCAUGGUGGUGGGCUCCGCGCCUCUUGCCGGAAAUGUGCUCACCUUCGCAAGAUGCGCGUUGGGCUGCCUGAUCGUGGAAGGCUACGGUCAGACAGAAUGUACGGCACCAGUUACUCUCACAGUUCAGGGAGACCACGUACCUGAACAUGUCGGUCCUCCCGUCGCUUGUUGCAAAGUGAAGUUAGUGGACGUGCCCGAGAUGGAGUACUACGCAUCACAAGGCCAGGGAGAAGUAUGCGUGCAAGGCGCGAACGUGUUCAAGGGAUACUUCAAGGAGCCGGAGAAGACUAGAGAGGUCAUUGACCACGACGGGUGGCAUCACACGGGAGAUGUUGGCAAGUGGCAACCCAAUGGAACCCUGAAAAUUAUUGACAGAAGAAAACAUAUCUUCAAACUGUCGCAAGGCGAAUACAUAGUUCCUGAGAAAAUUGAGAACAUUUACAUUAGAAGUCAGUACGUCGAACAAGUUUUCGUACAUGGCGAGUCUCUAAAGUCAUGUGUAGUAGCAGUGGUCGUCCCAGACGUGGACGUGGUGAAGUGCUGGGCGCUGGAGAACGGCAUCAAGGGGACAUUCUCAGCACUCUGCGAGGACGAGCGCGUCAAGAAGAUCAUCCUCGAAGACAUGCUGCAGUGGGGACGUAAUGCUGGACUUAAGACCUUUGAACAGGUCAAAGACAUCUACCUACACCCGGACCCCUUCUCAGUACAAAACGGUCUCCUGACGCCCACAAUGAAAGCAAAACGGCCAGAAAUCAGGAGCUACUUCAAACCCCAAAUAGAGGACAUGUACAAACAGCUGGAAUAA